UGCUGUCUGUGCCAGAGAUCAUCAUGGGGGUCUGGGAGCUAUGGCUCGGCCUUAGGCAGCGGCUGAGAAUUGGAGGUCUGCGGGAGGCGUGUAGACAGUACCCGCUGUCAUGUUUUAUAUUGCUGUCCCUUACCGCGUCCACAAUCCUGCUUAACAGAUACAUUCAUAUUCUUAUGAUUUUCUGGUCCUUUGUUGCUGGAGUUGUCACAUUCUACUGCUCGCUGGGGCCUGAAUCUCUUCUUCCAAAUAUUUUAUUUAACCUAAAAUACAAGCCAAAGCGUCUGGAACAUCAAGAGCUUUUCCCUCAAGGCCAUACCUGUGCUGUUUGUGGAAAAGUAAAAUGCAAAAGGCAUAGACCAACUCUGCAGCUGGAAAACUAUCAGCCGUGGUUGAAUUUGAAAGUGCCAUCUAAAGUUGAUGCAUCUUUAGCAGAGGUAUUUGAAUUAGUGUUGGAGAACUUUGUCUACCCUUGGUAUCGAGAUGUAACAGAAGAUGAGUCAUUUAUCGAUGAACUCCGAGUGGCAUUGCGCUUUUUUGCAUCCGUUCUUGUUCGAAGAAUACAAAAGGUGGACAUUCCUACAGUUAUAACAAAGAAGCUGUUAAAAGCUGCUAUGAAUCAUAUUGAAGUGAUUGCAAAAGCAAGACAAAAAGUAAAGAACUCUGAGUAUCUGCAGCAAGCUGCAUUAGAGGAAUAUGGACCUGACCUUCAUGUUGCUUUGAGAAGUCGUAGAGAUGAACUGUCUUACCUCAGAAGUCUUACAGAGCUCCUUUUCCCCUUUAUUUUGCCACCCAAAGCAACAGAUAGCAGGCCACUGACUUUAUUAGUGAGAGAAAUUCUGUCUGGUUCCGUCUUUCUACCAUCAAUGGACUUUCUUGCUGAUCCAGAUAAUGUGAAUCGUUUGCUUCUCAUUUUCAUAGAUGAUAGCCCCCCUGAACAAGCAACUGAGCCCACAUCCAGUUUGGUCCCAUUUCUACAGAAAUUUGCAGACCAUAAAAACAAGAAUCCCUCAGUACUUAAACUGGAACUGAAGGAAAUUCGGGCAGAGCAGGACCUCUUAUUCCGUUUCAUGAAUUUUCUUAAGCAAGAGAGAGCAGUGCAUGUAUUACAGUUUUGUCUAACAGUGGAGGAAUUUAAUGACAGAAUUUUAAGACCAGAGUUAACAGAUGAGGAAAUGCUGUCCCUUCAUGAAGAAGUACAGAAGAUCUAUAAAACCUACUGUCUAGAAAAAAGCAUUGAUAAAAUUCGAUUUGAUCCCUUUAUUGUUGAAGAAAUUCAAAGAAUUGCUGAAGGUCCGUAUAGAGAUGUUGUGAAGCUACAAACCAUGCGUUGUCUUUUUGAAGCUUAUGAACAUGUCCUUUCCCUCUUGGAAAAUGUGUUUACUCCAAUGUUUUGUCACAGCGAUGAGUAUUUUAGGCAACUGCUUGAAGGUGCAGAAUCUCCAACACGAAGUUCAAAAUUUAACAGAAAUAGCCUGAAUUUGGAUGAUUUCCGGGGUACCCAAAAAAGAGGAGAGUCCUUUGGAAUUGGCAAAAUUGGCAGUAAAAUAAAAGGUGUUUUUAAAAGCACAACAAUGGAGGGUGCUAUGCCUCCUAACUAUGGAUUGGCAGAAGAUGAUUAUGCUAUUGAAGAAGGCAUCAUGGUGUUAGAAGAUGAUUUUCCUGUGGCAGUUACUACCACAACCACGCCUAAUACGCCUCGCAACUUGUCAGCAUGGAAAAUCAGUAUUCCAUAUGUGGAUUUUUUUGAUGACGCUUCUUUUGAUAAGAAAGAUAGAAAAGAGAGAAUUCCUGUGUUUUGUAUUGAUGUGGAGAGAAAUGACAGAAAAGAAGUUGGUCAUGAACCCGAGCACUGGUCUGUCUAUAGAAAAUACUUGGAAUUUUAUGUCUUAGAAUCAAAAUUAACAGAAUUUCAUGGUUCCUUUCCUGACACCCAACUUCCUUCAAAAAGACUCAUUGGACCAAAAAAUUAUGAAUUUUUAACCUCUAAAAGAGAGGAGUUUCAAGAAUAUCUGCAGAAACUUUUGCAGCAUCCCGAGUUAAGUAACAGUCAACUGUUAGCAGAUUUCUUGUCUCCUAAUAGUUUGGAAACACAGUUUCAUGACAAGAUUUUACCAGAUGUGAAUCUUGGAAAAAUGAUCAAGUCAGUCCCAGGAAAACUAAUUAAAGAGAAAGGACAGCACCUGGAACUUUUUAUCAUGAAUUUUAUAAAGUCUUGUGAAUCUCCAAAACCAAAGCCAAGUAGACCUGAACUGACUAUUCUGAGUCCCACUUCAGAAAACGAUAAAAAGCUUUUCAAUGAUCUCUACAAGAACAAUGCAAAUCGUUCUGAAAAUGUUGAGCGAAAGCAUAACCAGAACUACUUUAUGGAGAUGCUGAUGUUGGACGGAGUUUAUGACUAUCUUAUGUAUAUAGGACGUGUUGUUUUCCAUAUUCCUGACUGGUUGCAUCAUCUGUUAAUGGGUGGACGAAUCCUUUUCAAAAACACCCUUGAGGCCUACACUGACAACUACCUACAAUAUAAAUUGGAACAAAUAUUUCAAGAGCAUCGUUUGGUUUCGCUAAUUACACUUCUUAGAGAUGCUGUGUUUUGUGAAAGUACUGAACCUCGAUCUUUACAGGCUAAGCAGAAACGGGCAAAGUUGACGUUUGAAGAAAUGAUGCGUUACAUUCCAGAUUUAAUAGGGAAGUGUAUUGGAGAAGAAGCGAAGUAUGAAGGCAUUAGACUACUUUUUGAUGGUUUACAGCAACCUGUUCUUAACAAACAAUUAUCGUACGUUCUGCUUGAUAUUGCUGUUCAGGAAAUAUUCCCAGAACUUACUAAGUCACAGAAGGAGAUUUCAGCUGUUUCUCCUUGGAUUUGAAAAUCAAGAUUGUGAUAGAAGUCUGAAUAAAGAAUUGGGGCAGAAAUGUGUGAAUUCUUCCAUUUCCCAUAUAUCUUUUAUUAGUAUUACAGAGGACUGCGACUUCUACUCUACAAACCUAUAUCCAUGAAGAGAAUCUGAAAACAGUGAACAUGUAUACAGUUUUUUUCUGUAGUGAAUGAAGAUAAAGUAUUGAAGACUGAAAUAAGCAUGAUUCACUUGCAAAAACAAAAUGCAACAUUUUUUUUAAUGAAUAUUUCCUGUUUUAAUUUUUGGUAUAACAAAUACAAACUUACCUUCUUUGCGUUUUCAAAUCCCUUACUUAGUAUUAAGAAGAUAAAUAAAUUUAAUAAAAAAUA